UUUCUUUAAUAAAAUUGUUAUAAAUCAGUAACAACGGAAACGUGGUAAUUGUAAUAAACAUGGAUCUUGUUCUGUUCACAGUAGCAGUUUCAUUAUUAAUUUAUUUAUCAUUUUUAUUUGCCACUAAGAAACCAGAGAAUACUCCACCAGGCAUUAUACGACUUCCAAUAUGGGGCUCUUAUUGGUUGUUGUUAUGGGGAAAUUAUAAAUUUCCUCAUCAAACGCUUAAUUAUUAUGUAAAAAAGUACAAAUCAAAAGUAAUAAGUGGCUAUUUAGGUGAAUUUUUUACAAUAUUCGUUAAUGAUUAUCAAAGCGUUAGAGAAGUAUUGACUAGAAGAGAGUUUGAAGGCAGAUUGAAUACCGUAGAAGUUUUUAGAGCAAGAGCAUUUGGAAAAAAAUUAGGAAUAUUUUUUAAUGAUGAUUAUGAGUGGCAAGAACAAAAACGAUUUGCACUCCGUAAUCUAAGGAACUUUGGAUUUGGUCGACGUCAUGGAAACUUAGAAGAUGAUUUAAAUGAAGAAGUUCAAAUCUUAAUUGAUACAAUUAAGUAUGGACCAAUUAAUGAUGAUGAAAAGAAAAUUUUGAAAAAUGAUCUAGUUUAUUUUCCACACAUUCUAUUUCCUGCAUGUGCUAAUAUGAUUUGGAAAGUGAUGGCUGGUGAUAAAUUAUCACGAGAAGAACAUUCAAAAUUACGCCAACUCUGUUUAUGUGCUACUCGUUUUCAAAAAGGUGGUGACACUACUGGUGGAGCUAUCAGUAUGACAGGCUGGUUAAAAUAUUUUGGAAAUAUGUUUGGAUUUCAAGAUUUUAUUACAGGAAAUAAAGGAAUAAUUGAUUUUGUAAAGAGAUUCAUUGACGAAACAGAUGAUAAAAUGUUGGAGGAAAAAGUUCAAAAAGGCUUUCUUCGAACAUAUCUUCGAGAAAUGAAAAUAAAUAAGGAAAAAAAUACGUUGGAUAAUGAUGCAAUGUUUUCAGAAGAACAAUUAAUAAUGGUUGCAGUUGAUUUCAUGUUUCCCGCUUUAUCUGCUGUUCCUGCUGUACUUGGACACUGUAUCAAAUAUAUGCUUCAUAAUCCAAAAGUGAUGAAACGCGUUCAGAAAGAAAUUGAUGACGUUAUUGGAUAUGAACGACUUCCAGGACUGGAUGACAGAAAGAAUUUACUGUAUACAGAAGCUACUAUUCGUGAAGUUUUACGCAUCGAAACUUUAACACCGUUAAGUGUUACUCAUCGGGCUGUUCAAACUACAACUUUAAAUAAUUAUACGGUUCCAGCAGAUACCAUAGUGAUUACGAAUUUAGCAGGGAUGCAUAAUGAUCCAGAUUUAUGGGGUGAUCCAGAGUGCUUUCGACCGAAUAGGUUUUUAACAGAAGAUGAAACUAAAUUGGUCAAAGAUUACACUUUUCCUUUCGGACUUGGACGGCGUGUAUGUGCUGGAGAAACUUUUGCAAGAUUUGUCAUUUUUAUCAUAUUUGCAUCUCUUAUGCAACAUUUUAAUUUUGAAUUAGUUGAGGGAGAACCCACGGGACUAAAUGAUAAAUUGUCUGGUUUAAUUGUACAACCAAAAAAUACUUGGAUUCGAUGUAAACGUCGUUAUUAAUUCGUUUUUAAUUUUUUUAGUCUUUAGAAG